CACAGACGAGCUAGGACUUCCCCCACGGCUAAAAAAUUACCAUUUUCACUUCCAGAAAAGAAUCUGUGUCACCGUUCUUAGCUCCCGGCCCUCAAGGUCGAUUCUCGAGUGCGUCACCCAUCACACACUGCACUGCUUUGCUUUCAGCGCAUAUUUAAGUCCGUGCUCAAGUGACUCAGCCACUUCUUUGCCUUGAACCUAGAACUGUUCCUCAAAUCAUGCACUCGCAGGUCUUCUCCGGAAGGUCGUCUGUCAAAGUCGCGGACAAAUUCCGAAGUGAGGCAAAAUUGAAUGUGCGCUAAAGCAGCAGGGGUGCUCGGAGGAACUCGGGGAAAGAGACUCGGCACAUGCAACGUCGGUUCCGAUGCUUACUCUGUCAAGCCAGAAGCGGUCACCAGCUAUUGCUCGGUCUGGUUCGUGUGUUUCAUCUAGUUUUUCAAACCGAAAAGAGGUGUGCCCUGUCUCACGUCGAAAGGACGGCGGCAACCAGAACUCGUAGAAGCGGAAUUCGCGUGUUCGUGCGUUACUUUACGCAUUGUCUUGCGGGUGGUGGUUCCACUCCCUGACUGUGAUAGGUCUUUUUAUUUUCUCCUUUCGUUUGUUGCUUUCUUUAAAGGGUUUUUUGCUUGUCUGUCUCUCCUGGCUUUUUGCAUUAUUUCCAAGGAACCAACCCUGCGUUGGGGACUCGUUGCUGCCGCCUCCCGCGGUCUUUAGAACACGUCCGUUCUGUCCAUGUGCGAAGCGGCCCCGGCCUCGACUUCAGGGAAUUCCCUCUUUUGCAUCCGUCCCGUUUUCCAUGUUCCAUUUCCUCUUUUCCUAGCGCGUCGCGGAACGCCCGCUUUCACGCGGUGGCUGUGCGACGAAUGGCGUGUCGUUUCUUGCGUCUGUGAGGCUCGGUGUGUCUCGAACGUGUAUCAAGGUCCUCUCGGUCGAAUUCGAUUUCUGUGCUUUUUGCCGUCUUUCCUCUCCGAUGCUGGAGGAUCUGUACGUUUCUAUGGUUUCCCGUCUAGCGGGAAAUGAGUCGUUUUCCUCGCGUGCCAAGCACGGGGGGUAAGCCACCGUAGAAGUCUCUCACGGGCCGCGCUAUCCUGUCUCCGCUCCUGCGUCAUCCUUUGGGGCUGUUUCCUUCCGUCUGUUAUUUUGCUUUCGAUCUUGGGAACGCAUACAGCGACCCUGUCUCAUUUCUGCCGGAUGGGGUUCCUCCCGCCGCUCUUGAGGCGCGAUGUCUCUCGAGCUGCAGUUCAAGCACCCCAGCCUGCCGUGCUGGUUGCCGGUGAGCCACCCGCUCCUUCCCGCUUGUCUGCGGGUCCCUCCUUCUGGCGCCGCCGGCGUGCAGGAAGCAGAGCGGUUUGAGAACUAUUUGGACCUCUUUCAGUUCGCUGGAAAGAGAGCGAAGAUUGAAACACAACACAUUGGGGAACACGGACUGCAGACGACCCGCGCUGAUCUGAGUCAAAAGACAGGAGACUGCGGUAGCGAUAAAGAGACAAAAACCAAGCUGCUGUGGCUGAGUGCCAGGCGGCGCUGUGCCUGCUGUCUCCUGCCUCCUCAGGAGACUCUCCAGACGCCGUACAUCGACCUUCUUCGCCUCGGUCCGAAUCAGCAGGUCGUCUUUGGGAGGAAGCCCGGCCUGGAGACCCCUUCUCUGUCGCCUUGGUCUCUUUCUUUCCCCUCACCUGACUCCGCGUCUGAGGUCGCUUCCUUCUCCGCGUUUCGCUUCCCAGCUGACUCUCUUGCGCGCUCCGUCCACCUUGAGAAACUCGGCGAUGCUUCUCGCCCCCGAACAAAGUUGAGGCGGUCCGUCGCCAGUCAGGGGUCUCGAGGAUCUUCCUCACAAGCGGAAGGCGUCUCCUCUCAUGUCUCUGAGGAGACGGAAUCGGUUCUUUCCCUAGCUUCUUCUGGAAGACCCUCAGACCUUCCUCGCCUCUGUUCGUCGCGGGCCUCUUCGCAGUCCAACGGCGAACGCGCUUCGGCGUCGGAGUCUCCGCUCGACGAAGACAAGAAGCCGACGACGGACCUCAACUCCCGCGCAAGAAGAUUCCCGCUCUUGAGGCGUCCUCGUGCUCGCAGACACAGUGAAGAGGCGCCUUUCGUCUGCGGUGUUUCCGCGCAUGGCUUGCCGUCAGGUCACUUUGCGGCAGCGAGAGAACCAGUGAGUGCUUCGCUACCCGGAGACAAGCCGCAAGAGCCGCCAGAUUCGCCCUCCCCUGUACAUACAGUCUAUCUGCCGAGCCUCGAUCCGCUUCUUUCUCGCCGGCACUUCUGCGUGACACGCCUCCGCUCGCCGGCUUCCUGCCCCUCCAAACUGGACGGGCGAGACACGACUGAACAGGGAGAGAUAGAUCAGGAGGAGAGAGUGGUGCCUCGCUUUGUUCUCACUAGCAAAGCCGCCAAGCGAGGCGAUGUGAGUCGAGAAAACGGGAGUGAAGAGGGCGCUCAGAGAAAUGCAGACUUCAAAAAGGCGUUCGAGCAGGGCCUCCAAGGUAUCGUGCUGGUCAACACCUCAUCGCCGCUCUCAGCUUCUCUGGAUCUCCGGCCGCGCCUCGACCUCUUAGCCCCCACUGUACGGGCCGCUGUACAGGCAGCGAUAGAUGCGUCUGCCGCGUCGGAUCCGCAAAAAAACAGACGUUUCUCCGCUUCAAGCAGCGACCCUUUCUUUCGCGUGCAUGCAGUUGCUUGCCCUCAGGACCCGCCGGACAGACUCGUCCCGGGUUCGGAGAGGGGAGAGAAGCAGCCACGGCCGCCGCGGUGUACGUACACACACUUCGUGUACGAGCCGCAUGUUCUUCAGGACGGCGAUGAGAUCUACAUUCCAGUCGACGACGCUUUUCUGAAGAAAGACUGUUUGGGGUCGAAAGAGAACAGCCAACGGCUGUCAAACUCUUCGACGGGCACCGACCACUGGUCGGACAGAGCGCGCGUUUCGUCGCAGGAUCCGGCGACUUCUCUCCAAUCUUCGGAGUCUCCUUCCACCAGUGUCUGCCGGUCCUGCGGCCAGACGACUCCCCUCUUUUGCUUUCGAUACGUGUUCCACGCUCCAGAACAGCCUCCGCCCCGCGCUUCGCGUCCAAUGUCCGCUGAGACGUUGUCUCUUCUCUCUUCUCCUUCGUCUGCUUCUCUGUCUCCACCGAUUCCUGACUCUGCCUCAGCCUCUGCACAUCUUCCCACCCUUUCAGGUUCUGUCCAAUCGUCCUCUGUCGCUCUCUUCGAGUCCCCCCCAUUUGUCUCGCCCGUGCCUGCGUCGGGAACGGGUCCCAGACGCUCCUCACCAUGUUCCUCGGUUUCUGGGCCACAGCCGGAUCCAGACGCUUCGCUUCAGACCUGCUUCUCUCCUUCUCUGUCGUCUCCGUCGGUGUCUCCUCUCUCAGGGCCCUCCUCUGUCUCCCAUGCCGAUAAAAAACAUGUGCGGUUCUCUGUGCGUUCUCUCGACUCGAUGGCUCCACGGAUCCACGAGGCGCCUGCGGGGGCCCGCUUCGGCACCGAGUGGAGGGUAUCUCUCUCUCGUCAAGAAGCGCCAGCCUUCGUCUCUUCGGUGAAUUCUUCUUUCCUCGAUGCGGUUGCAUCAGGCGAGAAAACGUCCCGGGUCGCCGUCGCAUGCAGUCGCGCCUCACCCGCGCAAGACGCCCCUUGUUCCGCCCGCAUGUGGAGCGGGGCAGCGGCUGACUCGCCAGAGAGUCUCCCCAGAGCGCGAGAAGCUCGGAGACAGGAAGUGGAGACGAAAAAAAGGAUGUGCGGAGACCGCAGCCAAGAGAACCGAGUCGCAGUCUGGACAGAAACUUCGCAAAUAGAGUUGCUUCGACCGUUUCGCUUCUCGCCUCUCGCGGCGGCCGCCCCCCCGGCGACCAGAGGGUGUCGUUGGGGACCGCAGCGACGGGAGGAGAACAGAGAGGGCGACGGAGGGGAGGGUGAGCGGGAGGCAACUUUGGAUUUAGAGGAAGAAGGACGGACUGCUGCACCAAGGUUUCCCCGAGGUUCAGAGCGAUACGAAGCAACUCAGGACGAGGGAUCUUCGCACGCGUGGCGGAGCCUGCCACGUUACCCAGAGAGAAGAGACAGGGGCGCUUCUGCUGCGGGCCGCACCGAUCGACCGGCGGAAGGAGACUCUCGCGCAGACAAUGGAGACAGCGAGAGACAGGAGACUCACGCGAGGCGUUCGCGAAGAAGAAGCUGGAAAGAGGUCUUCGAAGCCGUCAGGGGCGAGACAGAGAGCUCGAACGGGUCUCAAGAAACCGUCUUGGAAAACAACCAAGAAGAGAGGCCAAGCGAAGACGGAAGCGGACAGGGGCUCCGAAAAGUUGACAGAGACCACGGCAGUCCAGGGGGGGGAGGAGAGCCUCUGCAGCGAAAGCGAAGUGGAGGCAGUGAUCCGUUUCAAGACGUUUUCUGGCAGAAAGAGAGACGAGCGAGAAGACGUUCAAGCGACGGACGCGCGAGGGCCUCUGAAGAAGCUGACGGGUCGCCAGGAUCCUUUCCUCACAGUUCAGGACGAGAGAAGGACCUUGGCCUACGUCCGGGAGUUGUGUGCAAAACUGCGAAAGAUUUUGGAGUCCAUCGGGAACGUACCUCUGUCUCCUUGGAACUGGACACGCGGUGGGGAGAACAAGCGACCCGUCUGUCACCUCGGACGGGCCGGCCGACAGCUGCUCCCGCUGGAGACCGCAGAGAGACCCACGACGCGGAUUUAGAGGAGCUGAAGGCGCUCUCCUUUGACCUUGGAGACGAAGAACGCGGGGCCAGUGUGGCGCUUGAGGGAGCCGUUGAUCCGAAAGAACCUUCACCUCUCGCCUCAGGUUCUGAGCUCUCUGCCACACGCCGAGAUCGCGAGGAGACAGAAGGACAUCGCCAGAGAGACGGAACCCGCCGCAACAGCCUGUCGCAGCGCCGAGAAGCGCGGAGAGACGGCGUCGGGACCUUGUUCUCCCUGCAGGACGAAGGACGACAAGCUGGAGCUCCGCUUUGGUGUCCCCGCAGGGAAGCAGCGCCCUCGUCGCCGAUCCCUCUUGCGUCUCCGCAGGUCUCCGACACUGCCGGCUCCUCAGGUGUCUUGGCGUCUCCCUGCAGAGGCCUGCCGCCCCUCCGGCUCCCACUGGACGCCGAUGGCGACAGGGUGACCACGGCGCCAGAGCUGGAAAAUGCUCAUUCACCAAGAAGUCCCCAAGAGAGCGAGAGACGAAAAGACGAGGGAUGGCAAGGCGAGAGACACCUCGACCGAUUGGAGCCCAGGGAGUCGAGCAGGGCUGAGCGAAGGGAACGGGACAGGGUAGUUCAAGACGAGGGCCAAGAGGCUCGAGACGAUGCAGGUCGAAGCCGGGGGCCGAGGACGCUGGUGACCACUCAGACGGACGAAAUCGCUGACAUCCUCAACAUGGAUUUCAACGACAGCGAGAGGGAGACGCAGUGGGGCUUGUUGCUCCAGGGGCCUUCCGCGCGGACCCGAGCCUCGGCGUCUCUUCGGUCUCCGAGGUCGAGUCUGUCUGAGGGUUCAGAGGCCCCGAGUGCUUCGCUGCGGCCCGCCAGCGACACCGGCGCUGCUGCACGUGAAGCUCUCGAAUUCUCCCCCUCGCUUUCUUCUCGCCCUCCGGGGGCCUCUCUCGCUGGGGCUCUCUUCACCUCACCGUCGGUCGCCUCCGACCGCCUCCAGAGCGACGACACCCAGGGCCUCUUCUGCUCUGCCGGGGACAUCUGCGCAAUCUGCACAGAGGACCUUUUGCAGAAGGACGAGAUCGGCACGCUGGCUUGCAUGCACCAGUUCUGCUUCACCUGCAUUUCGCGAUGGGGCGGCAUUCGCAACUACUGUCCGCUGUGCAAGCAGGAGUUCCGGGAGAUCUCUCGUCACCACUUCGCUGUGAGUCCGCGAGGCCCGGUGUCUCCCCGUAAAUCUUCUUCUUCUUCUCUCAGACGCGUGCGCCUCGUGUUCGACGAGGCGGUAGCAGUGCGGCGCGCGGGGGGGCGUCUGGCCCGCGAUUCGGAGUCCGACGCGACUGUGGCACAGCUGCUCGCUGAGGACCAGGCGAGUCGAGGGGCCUCCAGCCAGGCGCUGCCGGCCCCGGGGGGGUGUCAGGUGUGCGGAAGAGACACGGACUGGGACCAGCUGCUUCUCUGCGAUGGCUGUGAAGACGGCUACCACCUCUACUGCCUGACGCCGCGCUUUUACGCGGUCCCCGAGGGGCCUUGGUACUGCCGCCAGUGCUGUGAGGUGUCGACGACUGCGGAGACGAACACCCUGCAGACGAUUGCGCGCGAGCGGACGCGACUGCUCUCCUCCGCUUCUCUGUCCUACUUUCUGGAUGACGAGGGCGAAGAGACGCGGGCAGAGGACGGCGACGCGCGGGCGAGACGCCGGAGCUUGAGAAGCAGAGCCUCUGUUUCGCCCUCGGUCGCAGCUGGACUCUUCUCCUCGUCGCCGAACGCUGUCUCUUUGGGGCCCCGGGCCCAACAGGGAGGCACCGACGGAGGGCCGCAGCGCAGCGACGCGCCCGAGGAGCGACCGGAGGUAGAGAGACCCUCGAGAGGCCUGCCAGUGUUAAGGGGGCGCCGGAGGGCAAGGGGGUUCGCCGGCCGCGCUGGCUCGAGCCCCAGGGGUCUGUCGCGGUCGCCGAGCCCCGCGGGACCGCAGCGGGAGACAGGUGUCUCCUCGAGGCUUUUGCACGACGGCGCGUUGUUGGAGCGAUUUCGCACCCCCACGGAGACACUGGCAAGCUACGAACGACGCAGGGCGCAAACUGUCUUCGAGGACCAAGGUGCUCGCCUCCCGACCGUCAGCGAGCGGUCAGGUCUCCAGGCCACGGGUUCCGUCGGGGCCCAGCGGCGGGGCCCAACUAGCGGAGACAGGGCGGACGCUCGCGGCGCGCGGGGCGAGUUACCGGGGAGGUCGGACGCCGAGCGGGAGACGUGUCACGGGAACGAGGCCGAGGGUUCCGAGAGACGCGAAGGCCGCCGACGCUUCUUGAUCAGCGUCUCUUCAUCUGAAGACGAGAGCGGAGGCUGGCGGCGCUGUCCACGGCCUCUUGCCCAACCGGGGCCUGGCGUCGCGGCUCCCACCGCGGUCGGAGGCGCUGUCUCCGCGGCUGCGGCGCGCCAGUGGAUGGAGGGGUGCGCGCGGACUCGCGGCGCCCGGAGGUCCCGCGCGUCUCAAGACUCUGAGGAAAGCGACUUGGAUGGUUUUGUUGUGAAGGACGACGAAGUUGUCUACAGCAGCGGAAGCGAUUCGGAGGCGGAGUCGAGCUGCGGGGACAGCUCCUCCUGUAGUGACAGCGACGAGGAGCCGCGGAGACGGCGAAACGAGCGCCGGAGGCGCGGCGCGAGAAAUCAACGAGAGUCUCCCUCUGUUUCUCCAAGGGCUCGCACGCGCGGACCCUCUGACUCUGCCGGAAGAGUGCGGGAGGCGAAGGGGGCCAGAAGGCCUGAAAAAAGGACCUUUGCGCUACAAGAAAGGAUGUCUCGGACGCGAAAGCAAGUCGGCGCGCGGGCGAGCGCGGUGGGGGCGACACGCCGGAGUUCCAGCGCCGAGAGAGAGGUCCGCAGACCCUCUCAGUACUUUGUGGCCAACAGGCGACGCCUCAGGUGUGUGGGGACAAGCGAAGAAGGGAGCGCGAGUGAGGAGGCACCCCGGUGGCACUCCAAGAGAGGGAGACGCGAAUGAGGGCCGGCGGGUGACGAAGGCAAGCCGACGCUGUCGGAGGCGUAGAGUGGGUGGGAUUUCGGACGGGAUGUGAUGGGUUUGUGGGAAACUGCGUCGGACACGGAGCAAAGAUAGAAGGAGGGCGAAGGUUUUUUCACAUAUCAGAAGAGCACGAAAGGAAGCUCGGCUCCUCGUUUUCGGGGCUUUCAGGGGACGUUUUUGGACGUUUCCGUAGGUCUGUCUGUUUUCGCUUUUUCCGACGUCGGCGUCGCGGUUUAGAUCAUCGCCUGUAGUCUCCAGUUCUAGGUGGUUUUAGAGUGGACGAAACUCGAGAACCGCACUCUGGCGUGUCGGCGCGGGUGUGCCGUUGUAGAAAAACAAGGCAAAUCGACACAGCGCGCUCACGUUUUUUGAGGAGAACUCUGUGUCAUGCGUAGCUGUUUGGAGAGCGGCAGAGGAGGCGUUCGCUGGCGGGGCAAACCCUCCGAAGCCUUUUCUCGCUAGAUCCCGGGGCCGAUGGUAAGGAUAGUUUUACGUCCAGGAUGUCCAGCAACCUGCAAGCGCAAGGGCUGGCGGAAAAGAAGGGGAGAGGUUUCUUGUCGAAAUCGGUUUUGCUUUUGCUUGGGAAAGCCACCAGACUGGCAGUGCCUGGGUUCUGGGAAGUGAUGGGGUGUCGAUGUGACUCAAAGAAAUUUACCCGCAAGUGCGUGACCUUUCUGGGGAUGUGGGUUCCUUUUUGAGUGGCAAAACGUCUUGAACUAAACGUUCACUAAGUUAACCAAAGCAAAGUGACACGGAUAAACGGACCGU